AUGAAUAUUGUUAAAUUACAGAGAAAGUUUCCUAUCUUGUCUCAAGAAGAUUUGUUCGAAACAAUUGAAAAAUUCAGAGCAAUCGAUAUCGAUGAUAAAGGUUGGGUUGAGAAACAACAAGCUUUAGAAGCUGUUUCAAAAUCCGGUGAUGCCACUUAUGAUGAAGCUAGAGAAACUUUGAAACAAGUCAAUGUCGACGCUUCUGGUCAUGUCGAAUUGGACGAUUACGUCGAAUUGAUGGCUAAAUUAAAAGAAUCUUCUUCUGGACCUGUACCACAGACCAGUUUUAGUACCGGCUCUGUCCCAAUCGCUUCUACUCAACAUGCCGGUUUACAACAUAAAGGUUCCGGUGCUCAAGCUAAGAUUAUCGUCGGUGGUUCCACUAGUGGUACUACUCAUACUAUUAACGAAGAAGAAAGACGUGAAUUCACAAAACAUAUUAAUAGUGUCUUGGCAGGUGAUUUGGAAAUUGGUCACUUAUUGCCUUUCCCAACUGAUACUUUCCAAUUAUUCGACGAAUGUAGAGAUGGUUUGGUUUUAUCAAAAUUGAUCAACGAUUCUGUCCCUGAUACUAUCGACACUAGAGUUUUAAACAUGCCAAAGAAUGGUAAGAAAUUAAAUAAUUUCCAAGCAAGUGAAAACGCAAAUAUCGUUAUUAACUCUGCUAAGGCCAUCGGUUGUGUCGUUGUGAACGUCCAUUCUGAAGAUAUUAUAGAAGGUAAAGAACAUUUAAUACUAGGUUUGAUUUGGCAAGUUAUUAGAAGAGGGUUGUUGAGUAAAAUUGAUAUCAAACACCAUCCAGAAUUAUACCGUUUAUUGGAAGAUGAUGAGACUUUAGAACAAUUCUUAAGAUUGCCACCAGAACAAAUUCUAAUACGUUGGUUCAAUUACCACUUGAAAGCGGCAAACUGGAAUAGAAGAGUAUCAAACUUUUCACAGGAUGUCUCUGAUGGUGAAAACUACACAAUCUUAUUAAACCAACUGGCACCAGAUCAAUGUUCUAGAUCACCAUUACAAACUGCUGAUUUGAUGGAAAGAGCUGAAGAAAUUCUACAAAACGCUGAUAAACUAGGAUGUAGAAAGUAUUUAACUCCAAGCUCUUUAGUUGCUGGUAAUCCGAAAUUAAACUUGGCUUUCGUCGCCCACUUAUUCAACACACACCCAGGUUUGGAACCAAUUGAAGAAGCCGAAGUUCCAGAAAUUGAAGAUUUCGAUGCUGAAGGUGAAAGAGAAGCUAGAGUUUUCACUCUAUGGUUGAACUCUUUAGAUGUUGAUCCUCCUGUCAUAAGUUUGUUCGAAGAUGUUAAGGACGGUCUAGUCUUAUUACAAGCUUAUGAUAAGGUCAUGCCAGGUUCUGUUGAUAAGAAAUACGUUAACCAAAGACCAUCUUCAGGUGCCGAAUUAUCUAGAUUCAAGGCUUUAGAAAACACAAACUAUGCAGUUGAAUUGGGUAAAGUUAAAGGUUUCUCUUUGGUCGGUAUUGAAGGUUCGGAUAUAGUCGAUGGUACUAAGCUAUUAAUUCUAGCGUUAGUAUGGCAAUUAAUGCGUAGAAACAUUAUUAAUACUAUGGCUACUUUGUCUUCCACAGGUAGAGAUAUGAGUGAUGCUCAAAUUUUGAAAUGGGCUCAAGAACAAGUUGCCAAAGGUGGUAAAUCAUCUAAAGUUAUGUCAUUCAAGGACUCUUCCUUAUCUAAUGGUCAUUUCUUGUUGGAUGUUUUGAAUGGUCUAGCUCCAGGUUAUGUAAACUAUGAUUUGGUAACACCAGGUAAUACUGAGGAAGAAAGAUAUGCUAAUGCUAAAUUGGCUAUUUCUAUCGCUAGAAAGUUAGGUGCAUUAAUUUGGUUAGUUCCUGAAGAUAUCAAUGAAGUUCGUUCAAGAUUGAUCUUGACAUUCAUUGCAUCCUUGAUGUCGUUGAAGAAAUAA